GGUAUCCCCAUAUGUCUCCCCAGCAUCGGUCCGAACCGUUUCCCUGGAUAUGCCAUUAGCAGGAGGGUUCUCAGCAGGUCCUAGUGUACAGGUUCCUGUACAGACAGUGUUCUCCCAGCCUCCCUCACAGGCUGCCGUAAUCGGGCAGCCUGCACAGCCGCAGGGUACACAGCCCCAGCAGCAGCUGGUGCAGCAGCCUGGUCCCCAAGGUCCACAGCCUGGAGUGGGACAGGUGCUGGGACAAAAUCAGUGGGUUCCAAAGACGGCCAUCGCUGCUCCUAAACCCUUCACAUGGGACAAGAGGGGCGAAGACCUCGACACAUGGUUGAGGUCAGUGCCAGUCUACGUGAAGUGUAAACUUACCUUGCCACACGAGGAAGUGCUUGUGGCUGCCUCCUAUUUAGAGGGGAGUGCAGCAAGAUGGUUGAGUGGUUUAGUGCAGUUGCAGGGAUACGGUCAUGACUUCCGCGCUUGGGGAGUCAGCCAGAAGUUGGAUGACUUCCUUAAGUUGGUGGAAGACGGGUGGCAUGAUCCUCAGGAGGCUCAAAAGGUCACUGACGCGAUCCUGACUCUGCAUAACAGGCAGUUUAAGUCAGUAAGAGAGGCCAUAGACGCAGUAGAGCGUCUGAUCUGUGUCCCUGGGGUGCGCUAUGAUCCCCAGGUUUUACUCACCUCCUACUUGAGAUGCUUUCCUAUUCCUCUCAGGAAUCAGUUGGCAGGUGAGGCCAGCAUCAACAUGCACAACUUGCCCUCGUUUAGCAAGAAGGCCCUAGACCUUGAAGCAAAGAUAGGGCAUGGUCAGACACCCACAACGGAUGGUAGGGAAAAGUCACUGCCCCCCAACUGGAAGGCGAAGGGCCGCAUUAUGUUCAUCGACAAUGAUGGUUCUACCAUCGAGCUGGAUGACGACUUCCAGGCAGGAGCGGGUUCAGAGGCAGGCGGCGUAGAGGCUUCAGGGGGUAGAGUAGUCGCUGCCUCAGUUCAGAAAGGUAAGGCGACCGGUAGGCGUCGUGGAGGUUCCCGGUCUAGGAGUCAAGUAGACCCCAAUGCUCCUCCAUGGGAGAAAGCAGGUCUCACAGAAGACGUGUGGAGAGACAAGUACACCAGGCAGGCCUGUAUUCGUUGUGGUCAAUAUGACCAUAACCAAUUCAAGUGCCGCAACAAGAAGGUGACUGAGAAGAUCCCGCCUACGAUGGGGCAGGCGUUGGGAUCCUCUGCUCUCGUUGGUAGCAAUGUAGCCAGCAGUUUUGGCAGUGCUCUGGGAAACACGCCGGGCCAGUAGGAAUGGUAGUUGUUCCUGCUAGGGUCGAGGUGGUGGACACACCCUCACCAUCUCGAGAGAUGGCCCAAGCUAC